GCGCAGAAUGUUAAAUUUAUUUUCGGUGAUUUAUUUUUGUCGUUCUCUGUGGUUUUUCUGCUCAGUAUCGCACAUUCGCUGUCAUUUUUCUCUUUGUCAUUAUGACAUUUCUAACACAAAAAAAUUAAACGGCACCGUACGAAAUCGCGUGUAAUUUGCAUGGAAGAAAUUCUGGAAGUCAUAAAAUCGGUUGAAAACAACAAAACGAUUUGCGAAUAUAUAAUUUUACGCUUUAAUUUGGACAAACUAAAAUUAACUUUUGUCUACCGAUAAACAAAAACAUAAUUUCAAGUGCAACACACUUACUAAUCAAAGUAAUAUAUCCAUCUAAAUAUAAUGCCUUUGCCUAGUGGUGUUUAUGGCCAAGCACAAGGCCCAUCAUGUUUUGAUAAAAUGAAGACUGGAUUCACAAUUGGCUUUUGCGUGGGCAUGGCAAGUGGUGCACUCUUUGGCGGCUUCUCCGCAUUACGGUAUGGUUUGCGCGGACGUGAGUUAAUAAACAAUGUGGGAAAAGUAAUGUUGCAGGGUGGAGGAACAUUUGGUACAUUUAUGGCUAUUGGUACCGGUAUUCGUUGCUAAAAUAAAUCAUUUUGUAAGGCAUGCAUGUAACAACGACAUGUCAAACAUAUUUUCGGGAUUUUUACGUAAUACUAAGUUCUAUGUAAUCAUUUAAUGGACUUCAGUUUAGUAGUUACUUACAUAUUAAUAAACAUGUAUUUAAAAAAAAAA